AUGAAAGUGAAUGAAGAUAAACUGCAUCAGUUUCAAAAACUGCAUUAUUUCACAAAUGAAGAUGGACAUGCAGUCGUUUCAAAGACUGAAGAGAAUUUCACGCAGAAACAAGCUGGAAAAUCUGGAGUCGAAGGAUCUUUAACCUGUUCUGAGUGUGGAAAGAGUUUCAUACGUAAAUCAAACCUGAACACACACAUGAUGAUUCACACUGGAGAAAGGCCUUUUACAUGCACUCAGUGUGGAAAGGGAUUCAUUCGCAAAGGAUACUUAAAUGAUCACAUGAGAAUUCACACUGGAGAAAAACCGUUCACAUGCUCUCAGUGUGGAAAGAGCUUCAGUUACAAAAAAGCUCUCAAAGAUCAUCUGCGCCGUCACUCUGGAGUGAGAUCAUUCAGCUGUGAUCAGUGUGAUAAAACAUUUGUUUUUAAAUCAAACUUAAGAAAACACCUUAAAGUUCAUGCAGGUGUGAAGCCUCACUUUUGUUCUGUAUGUGGAAAGAGUUUUUCACAUCUUGGAUCUUUAAAAGCGCAUGAGCGUAUUCAUACUGGUGUGAGACCUUAUGUGUGCUUUGACUGUGGAAAGAGCUGCACUUCAUCCAGCAACUUAAAAUCACACCAGAGAAUUCAUGCUGUAGAGAAACCGUACAAGUGUUCACACUGUGGAAAGAGUUUCUCUCGGUCAGGAAACCUGAAAGAUCAUGAGAGAAUUCAUACUGGAGAAAAACCGCACCAGUGCUCUUCAUGUGGGAAGAGUUUCAGCCAUUCAUCUAGUCUACUGAAACAUGAGAAAAAGCAUUGCCCGAAGAUGUCUGAGUGA